CUACAACAUCUCUAUUCUAAUUCAAUAUUUUUGACUUCCUGUGCAUACGACGGAUGUUGAGAGAAAUCUCUAGACUUGCAACUAAUCACCGCGCGGAUUUGCCACCGUUUGCACUACCACACCAUUCGGGCUACAACACCACAGCUAUUCAGACACGACUGCGACUGGUUCGGAAUUCAAUCCGCUUCGUGAUUCGAGAAGGCAAUCCACUACGAGCUUUUCGCCGAUAAAGUCACACAGCCGUAAAGCACGCUCGCAUCACGAACUUCACAAUGCCUUACGCAUCCACCAUAUCAUUCACCCUUGACACCAUCUGCCCGUGGACAUACCUCGCCCUCCUCCGCCUCCGCCGCGCCCUUUCCACCUUCUCCUCCGAUAAAGUAACAUUCACCUUACAAUUCGUACCCUACCAACUAUACCCCGACUUCGGCACCGAAGGCGAGGACAAAUACGCUUGGUAUCUCAAAGAAAAGUAUAACGGCAAUGACGAGACGAUGAAGAAGUACAUCGACUACAUGAAGCAACUGUUUAAGACCGAGGGCAUCGAGUGGACACCACACGGCACAAUGGCCAACACACUCCCAGCGCACCGCAUCCUACACACCGUUCAAGAAACCCACGGCGCAGACAGCGCUCUCUCUUUGCUUACCAGUCUCUACGAAUCCUACUUCAUCAACGGCCUGCAUCCCUCUUCCGAGUCUACCCUGCGAAGCGCAUGUGCAGCCGCAGGGCUUAGCGAUGGAGAGGUGGAGAAGGUGGUAGGGGAUGAGAAGAAGGGGUUGGCGGAGGUUAAGAGCGCGAUGAGGGAGCAAGUGGGGAAUGGGGUGGAUAGCGUGCCGUAUGUUGUGGUGGAGGGGCGACGGCGGGAUUUCACGCUUGUGGGGGCAAAGGAGGUGGGGGAGUACGGGAAGGUGCUGGAGCAGGUGGAAAAGGAAUCGUGAAAAGGUGCACGACGAGUGAAAGGUGGAUAGAAACAUGAACCUGGGAUAUUCGGAGGGUGAUGGAAUGAAGUGUGUGGAAUUUGAGUCCGUGAAGACCACCAUAUCCGAGUGGGCACAGAUGAUCCUCUUUAGGAAGACUGGUAUUGCAAGCUAUUCCC